UCCCUCUCCACCACAAAGGGAGGCGACGCUCAGGAGAGGCCGGUGACGCCUGGGGAGGGAAGGAACUCACUCAACCCAACGGGGCUCUGAUCGGCCAAUGAAUGGCCGCUUUGAGACGGCGGCGUGUCAUUUCUAUUUUUUUUAGUACCACGAGACGACUCUCUGCGGCGACGUAGCCGCGGGACGCUCUCGGCUCCGGCCCGUUGUGGGACGACCAGAAAUCGUUUGUAUUAUUAAGAAUAACGGGAGUUGCAACUUUGGGGUUUUUGAAAAGUGUAAUCCGUAAGUGGUCGUUCAUGUUUGGUCCUGAGGAGAAGCACACAGAUGUGUACGUCACAUGUCACCGCCUUGUUAUGAAUCACUCACUCACCGCACUGUUGUUUGAUUAAGUUAAAAAAAGAAAAAGCACCGUGUUGGUACGUGGUCCGCCCGGCUGCUCGGUCAAACAACGUCAAGGUGAAGAACAAAGAGGCUCCCGAGGAGGCCAGGGCUCGUUGUGAGCGAACGCGUCCGGUAGUCGGUGUGACCCGAGCGAUGCCCUUCACGCCAAAACAACCACACGUCACUAUCGGCUGUGCGUGUGUGACGAACGACGAUCAAUAAUCGAUCGAUUCCGCGUUGCAGCAACAAGCCGAAGAGAAACCUUCAGAUGAAGAACUGCCAACUGAAGCUAAAAUGCGUCUCACGCAGUACAUGACCAUUGUUUUGAAUCUCUUGGACCACCGCGUGAUUAUCACUAUUAAUCCAAAUGUUUUGAUCGCCGUGUAUUUAUUUGUUUAUUUGUAUGCGUGUUACUCGCAUAACUCAAAAAGUAUUAAACCGAAUCGCAUGUAAUUUGGUGAGAUGAUUGGUUAUUAUCCGGAGACCAUUUGAUUAGAUUUUGGGAUCGAUCGGGUCAAAGGUCAAGGUCAUGAAAAGGUCAAUCUUAUUUUUACCCUAGCGCGGUCAAUUUGUAUCCAAUUGGCAUGCAACUAAUGCCAAAAUGUUCAUAAUUCAAUGCCCAAUCUUGUGAUAUGCGAAGGUAUGCGCUCUACCGAGUGCCCGUUCUAGUUAAUCCAAAUGUUUUUCCCCUUCUUUUCUUUUUUUUAGGUGUUUAAAGAUCUGCCACGCCACCCGUUAACGCCACCCGGACUUCCACGCCGUCACACUCAUGGCACCUCCCAGUUGACACAAUGGCCCAGAUAUCGAGCGGUAAUGGCUUUAAGGCGGUCGUGCCGCAGCCAAAGGGGGUUGUGGGUAAAGAGGAAGCCCUCCGCAUGGAGGAAGAGGCUCUAGCGAAGCUGCAAAGGGGUAAAAGACCCACUCUGUCCGCGCCGACAUCCUCGUCUUCCUCUUUAAAACCAUCUAAAGCCACCGCUCCUCAGCCGCUCGCCGCGACCGACAGACCCGAGAGGGACCUCAUCGUCUUCCCCGAGACCAGGAAGCAGCCGGAGCCGGACAAGUUCAGCGAUAUCGACGUGGACAAGCUGACCAAUGAGGAGCUUGAAAAGCUCCUACUGGAUGAAAACUUCGGGGUGAACAUCAAAGUGUCCCGGCCCUCGUCCCUCCUGGGGUUCAACCUCAGUGCCUCUUACCCCGGAGGCUCCUCCCCUUUUCACGCCGGCCAGUGGACGCCGGCUCUGUCCACGCCGUCGAACACUCGGCCCGGCCCGCUCUUCCCCUCGGCACCGGGCACGUUCCAGAACGGCUUCCCGCCGCUCAUGCCGCCCUUCAUGGCCCUGGCGGCGACGCAGCCGUCCUUCAUGUCCUUCGCUCCCAUCCGGCCCGCCGCCGCCGCCGCCAUGGUCUUCCCGCAGCCGUCCGUGGACCCGGAGAUGGCCAAGCUGUUCGACAAGAUCGCCAGCACCUCGGAGUACCUGAAGAACGGCAAAUCGGCCGGCGCCGCCGACUACUUGGAUUCCUCUCAAGCGGGCGCGGUUUCCCUGGCACCCAACCCGCCGGCGGCGGCGGAACCCGCGAGCGUCAGCCGCUUCGACUGGCUGGAUCUGGACCCGCUCACUAAGCACAAAGCCGAGAACGAGGACGCGUCGCUGGCGUCGGGCGCCGCCAUCGCCGCGCCGGCGGCGCCCGAAGUCGCGGGGGAUCCUUGGGAUGCGGUGCUGGAGACCGAAGGGAUCAUCAGCAGCAGCAGCAGCCCCCCGCCUACGCCGGAGGAGGCGACGGCUCGCUCGCAGCACAGGAGAGCGUCGACGGGCGCCGCCGUCACCAGGAGUCACUCGCUCAACAUCAAACCAAACCAUCAGGACAAGGGAAAAGGAAAAGGCUUGGUGAAGAAUGCCGCGCUGGAAGAACAGGACGCUCAAAGCCUGGAGGUUGUCGCCUUCUGUGAAGACGUAGCAGCCGUCACGGAGUCCCUGAAGUCUACGACUGUCCGCCUGAACCUGAGCUCUCCGGUGGAGUUGCUGAUCAGUCAGACCCUCUGCUGGAUCCACGAUGACCUGGACCAGGUGGACUUCUCCAGCUACCUGCUCAAAGUCUGUGGCCGGGAGGAGGUGCUGCAGAAUAAACACAGCCUGGGCAGCCAUGAGUACGUCCAGAACUGCAGGAAGUGGGAGAACGAGAUCUCGUUACAACUCCUCUCUCACGCCACCAUGAGGAGAGACUUGGCCCGCAGCGCGGAAGAUGACGACUCUCCGGUGGAUUUAGAGAAGCACCUGGGCCAAGUGGACAGGCCGUUCAAGGAGAACGUCACCAGACAAGGCCUCGCUGAUUAUUUAGAAGGUUAUCACAAUCAAGUCAACAUCUGCCUUCAAAAUGAGAGUACCCAGUACAAGACCGUGGACCGGGUGUCGCAGACGUUGAAGAACCUGUGCUGUGCUCUGGACGAGGUGGAGACCCAAGCCAUCACAGAGGCCAUCAAACGGCUGCGACACGUCAUCAACUUACCCAGGACCCGCUCACCCAAGAUGGGGUCGGCGGAUCAACCGUCUAAUGGUCACUCCGGUCCCCUGGAGGAGGGCAUGGCUCUGCUAACGCAGGCCGUCUAUGGCCUGGCCAAGCUCUACCUGCGCUCCUUCUGCGCGCCGUCCUCCUCCUUCAGCUUCCCCGCGUCGUGCCGGGCCGCGGACGGAGAGCGAGCCGAGGGCCGGAGCGGCAAGGAGGCGUCCGGCACCGCGGACCACCUCCAGUUCACGCUGUUCGCCUUGCACGGCAUCCCGGCCAACUGGGUCAGCAGUUAUGAGAAGUACUUCCUGAUGUGCUCGCUCACCCACAACGGGAAGAACCUGUUCAAACCGGUCCAGUCCAAGAGAGUUGGCACCUACAAGAGCUUCUUCUUCCACAUCAAAUGGGAUGAACUGAUCCACUUCCCCAUCGCGGUGGCGGUCCUCCCUCUGGAGUCCAUCCUGAGCCUGACUCUGUUCGCGGUGCUGAACCAGAACGCCGGCGGCUCCCCGGACUCCAACCGCCAGAGGAAAGCUCCGGAGCUGCUGGGCAAAGUGUCCAUGCCGCUCUUUGACUUCAGACGGGUGCUCGCCAAGGGCAGCAGGUUGUUGUGCCUGUGGACGUCGGCCCAGGGAGCUGCCGCCGCCUCCGGCUCUGCAGGCGGCCGCAAGAGGAUGCCAGCAGAGAGGAUAGUGCUGCAGGUCGACUUCCCCGACUCGCCGUUGGAGGUUUUAUAUGUGGAACCGAAGGACGAGCCCAGCCCGGAGCUCAGCGCCGUGGAGGAGCUGGACCCCGACCUGAGACGCAAACUGGAGAAGAUCUGCAGCCGCGCUUCCAAUUUUGGGCUGAAGAGGGCCGACCACCAGCUCCUCUGGGACCAUCGGCUCCACUGUCGGAAAGACCACCCCAGCAGCCUCCCCAAGGUGCUGGCCAGCGUGCCCAGCUGGGACUGGGCCAGCAUGGCUCACAUCCACUCCCUGCUGCACCACUGGCCCCCUCUGCCUCCCGUCACCGCGCUGGAGCUGCUCGAAUCAAAGUUUGCAGAUACAGAAGUAAGAAAUGUGGCCGUGAGCUGGAUUGAGAAGAGCAGUGACGACGAGCUGACCGACUACCUUCCACAGUUGGUUCAGGCUCUAAAAUUUGAGUGUCACCUUAAGAACGGCCUCGUCAUGGUCCUGCUGUCCAGAGCACGAGGCAACAUCAACAUUGCACACUACCUAUACUGGCUGCUGAAGGACGCCGUGCAGGACCCGGCCUGGGGGCGGCGCUACGAGCGGGUGCUGGGCGCCCUGCUGUGUCUGUGUGGGGUCAAGCUGAGGGCCGAGCUGGAGAAGCAGACUCAACUGGUCACGCUGCUGGGAGCCGUGGCCGAGAGGGUCCGACAGGCCGGGGGGUCCGUGCGGCAGCUGGCGCUGCAGGAGGGCCUCGAAAACGUCCAAAACUUUUUCCAGAGGAACAGCUGCCGGCUGCCCCUCAGCCCCAGUCUGGUGGCGAAGGAGUUAAACAUUAAGGCCUGCUCCUUCUUCAACUCCAACGCCGUCCCCCUCAAACUUGCCCUGGUCAACGCCGACCCGCUGGGAGAAGAGAUCAACGUUAUGUUUAAGGUGGGAGAAGACCUGAGGCAGGACAUGCUGGCUCUGCAGAUGAUCCGCAUCAUGGACCGCAUCUGGCAGCAAGAGGGGCUGGACCUCCGCAUUGUCAACUUCAAGUGCAUCUCCACUGGCAAGGACAAAGGCAUGGUGGAGCUGGUGCCGUCCUCCGAAACCCUGAGAAAGAUCCAGGUGGAAUACGGCAUCACCGGUUCCUUCAAGGACAAGCCGCUGGCCGAGUGGCUCCGCAAGUACAACCCGGCCGAGGACGAGUACGAUAAGGCCUCGGAGAACUUCAUCUACUCGUGCGCGGGGUGCUGCGUGGCGACCUACGUGCUCGGCAUCUGCGACCGGCACAACGACAACAUCAUGCUGCGCUCCACCGGCCACAUGUUCCACAUCGACUUCGGCAAGUUCCUGGGCCACGCCCAGAUGUUCGGCAGCUUCAAGAGGGACCGCGCCCCGUUCGUCCUGACCUCCGACAUGGCGUACGUCAUCAACGGCGGCGAGCGUCCCACCAGCCGCUUCCAGCUGUUCGUCGACUUGUGCUGCCAGGCCUACAACCUCAUCCGCAAGCACUCCGGGCUCUUCCUCAACCUGCUGUCCCUGAUGACGUCCUCCGGCCUCCCCGAGCUCACCGGCUCUCAGGACCUGAAGUACAUGUUCGACGCUCUGCAGCCUCACAACACGGACGCUGAGGCAACGAUCUUCUUCACCAGGCUGAUAGAGUCCAGUCUGGGCAGCAUCGCCACCAAGUUCAACUUCUUCAUCCACAACCUCGCCCAGCUCCGCUUCUCCGGCCUGCCGGCCAACGACGAGCCCAUCCUGUCGUUCUCCCCAAAGACGUACACCCUGAAGCAGGAGGGCCGCAUCGUCCACGCCUCCAUCUUCUCCUUCCAGAAGAGAUACAACCCCGACAAGCACUACACGUACGUGGUGAGGCUCCUGAGGGAAGGCCAGAACGAGCCGCACUUUGUCUUCCGCACUUUCGACGAGUUUCAAGAGCUCCACAACAAACUCACCAUCCUCUUCCCGCUCUGGAAGCUGCCGAGUUUCCCCAACAGGAUGGUGCUCGGUCGCACCCACAUCAAGGAGGUGGCCGCCAGGAGGAAGCUGGAGCUCAACAACUACGCCCACAACCUGAUGAGGAGCUCCACCGAGGUCACGCAGUGCGACCUGGUCUACACCUUCUUCCAUCCGAUCGCACGGGAUGACAAGACGGAGGGCGUCGGCGCCACGCCCAGAGCUCCGGAGCCGCCACUGAGUCCCACCUCCGGCCGGGUGGAGGGAGAGGUGAAGCUCUCCGUCUCCUACAGGAACAGCAACCUCUUCAUCAUGGUCAUGCACAUCAGGGAUCUGGUUUCUGAAGAAGGAACGGAUCCCAAUCCAUGUAAGACCUACCUGCUUCCAGAUCCACACAAGACUUCCAAACGCAAGACUAAGAUCUCGAGGAAAACCAGGAACCCGACUUUCAAUGAGAUGUUGGUGUACAGCGGCUACAGCAAGGAGACGCUCGGCCUGCGGGAGCUUCAGCUGAGCGUGCUCAGCGCCGAGUCGCUGCGCGAGAACUACUUCCUGGGCGGCCUCACGCUCCGGCUCAAAGACUUUGACCUCGGCAAGGAGACGGUCAAGUGGUACAAACUCACGGCUGUGCCCUACUUCUAGCUCCGCCUCCUCCGGACCGAAGCGGCGUUCUAAUCAUAUGGCGGCCAUACUGGAAAAACACCGGUCACCGCAUUUUUUUUUCAUUUCAUGCAAAUACUAUUCCGGAAAUCGUUUUCAUUUAUUUGUUUAUUUAAAACUUGGGGGGGAGGAGAUCUGGAGAUGGAUGGAGCGGGGUUUUUUUCCUUCAUUUUUAAUCUAAUAAACCAAACGGACCGUCUCUUUUGACAUGAAUCGUGACGUUGUGAAUAUUCUGAAGACGUGGAAGGACACCUCGGUGUCAAUAAGUACAAUUUGCGUUGAGGUCAGUAACAACCCGGUUCUACAGAAUUUCAGGACGGUAUUCAUCGCGGCUUCAGACGAGGUCCAACGCCACCGAUCGUGUGACUUCAUGCAGACUUAAAAACUUCUUCUCGAUUCUCAAACCCUGGAGGCGGAGCCCGCUCUCCAUUCCUCUGUUGUUUGUCUCUUCAACUAAUCAAGAUUGUUACUGUGACAAACAAUCUUCACUUAUUUUGUCUCUUUCUUUUUUUUCUAAACUCUAACAAAGAGCUGUAAUGUUUUGUACAUUUUGAUAUUAGAGGACCAAAAACGGCUUACUACGAGAAGAGUAUAUAUAGAUUGACACAUUUAUUUUUUACGGAAUAGAAAAUGGGGGGGGGGGGGGGUUCAUUUUGACAUUUUCCUUGUUUAUUUUCCUACACGAACAAAUGGGAGGCGUCAGGGUUUUCCCAACACUUCUGGGUAGCGUAGUCCCAUCACACCAGAUUCCAGGAGAUCCUCAGUGACCUUUAUGAUUCCCCCAAAAAGUGCCAAAAGUAAUGAGACGGACGGCAAAUCAAACCACUGAACAGGGUGCCUUUUGUUUGUGCUCACAAUCCCUUUUUAACGCUCAACUCGGCCUAAUUGAUAUAUAUAUAUAUAUUAACAAUGUGAUAUGACCUUUAUUAUAGAAACAUCUAUAUUCUUCAAAGCUAAAUCAGUAGUUCUGCCAGCGCUGGUCUGGUGCCGCCACUCAAUGCACACUACCAGGUCUCUCUUUCUCUCUCUCUCUCUCUCUCUCUUGUUUAUUACUUGACUAUUUUCACACUGCAUACCUUUUUCUUUUCUUUUCUUUUUUUAAAGGUGAAUUUGAAUCAUAAGCUUUGUAACACGCUCCGGAUGAACCGAUAACGCCGAUCACAAGUCCUUCAAAACCAUAAUUCAGAAUGGAGUUGAAACUGGAGUCUGGACGUGAGGCAGCAACACCACCCGAGUGGCGUGGCGACGCCGCGAUGAGCAGCUGACGUAUUCAGCAAGAGCUUCAAACUGCCAGUGAAGUCCAGCUCCAGACAAGUUUUUAUGAUAUUUAAAGAGAGAAACUGAACUCGGAUCAGCGCUGAGAAAAAAAGGGGGUAACUUUAACUUUAAAACGUCUUCACGAAAAAAAAGGGAACAAGAUUCUCAGCAUUCGCUUCUUUCCUCUCCCCCUCGCUCACUAUACAGCUAAAGUUGUUAUUAAUGUUUAAUAAAGAAUGUUUUGUUUUUAAAGAAGAUUCUACAAUACAGUUAUGAUCUGAGAGCAUUCACACUGAAUAUUAGUGACUGUACAGAGAAAGCAAGCAGAGUUUGUAUGAACAUGGCCAGUUAUUUGUUCUUAAUUGGUGACCUGUAACCCGACUGGAUCAGUGUGACCUGUAAUCCCUCUUUCCUAAAGCAAAUUAAAUGUUUGUGGAUCAAA